AUGGCAGCCCAAGUCGUCUCGUCAAUUUUUAAAGACAUUUUUGAAGACAAAACAGACUCAAAUGUUGCUAGUUCUUGGAUGGGUGGAUGUUUGGUAUUAGCUGAACUUUGUCGUCGUGGAUGUCUGUUGCCUGAACAAGUUCCAAAGGCUAUUUCACUCGUACUUUCACGUUCUCUAAUUUUUGAUUCAAACCAAGUUGGUAGUGUGCUAGCUUUAAAUAUUAGAGAUGCUUCUUGUUAUAUAUGUUGGGCAUUUGCUAGAGCUUACGAGGCAAAAUUUCUUCGACAACAUUUAAAACCUCUUGCGGGAACUUUAAUUUCAAUUGCUUUAUUUGAUCGAGAAGUUAAUGUUAGAAGGGCGGCUAGUGCUUCAUUUCAAGAAAAUGUUGGCCGCAACGAUUCUUUUCCUCAUGGCAUUCCGGUACUCCAGUUGAUCGAUUUUGGUGAAAUUGCAAGGAUAAAGCAUUGCUAUUUGGAAAUAUCUGUUGAGGUUUGA